AUGGCAGCUGGCGACGACGUUGACCGUACUGGUGAUUGUGGUGGCAUCGACUGCGCCGACGUUGCUUUAGUGUACGUAAGCAGUGCAAGCAGAAACAAAGAGAAUUUGUUAGAUGUUGUUGACGAUGGCAAAGCAAAACAACAAACAACAGCCACGACUGCUCACAUCGCGUCACCACUCGAUGCCGAUUCACGAGAGGAAGCUUUUAAUAUUCCCGAAACGCAACACAUAAAACGAGUUGAAAAUUCAACUAUAUUAAACGCUUCCCGUAACCAAUCUGAUGAUAGUAGAAAUUUCGAAGAUGAGUCCUUUAUACCGGAAACACAAAUGCCCAAUGCGACACAGCAAGUCAUACCAAAUAUUAAACAUAAUCCUGUGGUUUUGACGCAUUCGUUCAUCAAUGAAAACAUGAAUAAAAAAGAUGCUUCCAAGGCUAUGGGCUGCGAUGCGGAAAUGGAGGCACUAAACUGGUCGGCGCACACAUCAAAGAAUUGCUCUACGGAUGGGACCGCUGAAUGUGCAGAGCGAGAUGAUGUUUGCACACCAGAUCUUUUUGAUAUACCUGAAUUGGCGCAUAUGAAUAUGCAAGUUGCCACUGCCGGAACGAAUGUUAGCCAAGAAACAAAAGACAAAGCUGUGGCACAAACAACCGUGACUGCAAAUAAAACGAUGCCAUCAUCUGAAGUAACGAAUAUAAAUUUAGAAGCAAAAAACAAAGUUGACGUACAAGAGAGUGUAUCUUCAAAAAACGAGACGUCGUCAGAUCAUCCAGCUUUACCAAUCAGCGACGGCAUUACCGGAGGUGACGGAUAUGCGGAGGAAAUUGAACUAAUGCCAACACAGCUAUUCGUACCUAUUGCUAAGCAAAAUGGACCUCGGUUGGAGGAGCAUGUUACUUGCGCUGAAUUAUCGUUAAGCGGCAAAGAGAAUAUUCCACAAACAGAUUUUAGCCUGGAGCAAACCCAGAUUUUUGCACCCAUCAAAGAUCGAAGAUCAUAUAAUGAUUGCAAUUCAUCUUCUUUGGAUACCAACAAAGCACCAACAACUGAACCAUCUGAUAGAAAUAUAGAUUUGUUUGCCGCCACUCAAUUAUUUACAAGUAACUCAAUGCGGCAAUCUAAAGUAUUAGGACAAGGAGAACUAAUUGGAGCAGAUCGAAGAUCAGAUAAUAAUUGCAAUUCAGCUUCUUUGGAUACUAACCAAGCACCAACAACUGAGCCAUGUGAUAGAAAUAUAAAUUUGCUUGCCGCCACUCAAAUAUUUACAAGUACCUCCGUGCGGCAAUCUAAAGUAUUAGAUCAAGGAGAACCCAUGAGUGGAUCAAAUAUAUCUACGCCCCAAGAAAAGCCAAAUUGUACUGUAUUUCCAUCAGUAAAUAUUGAAGGGCCAAAAAGUGUUACGAGUUCCUUCGAGGACAAAAAUAACUCUUCUCGAAAGUCUGAAUUUGCAUCGACCAAUAUUAUUGAAAAGAAGCGGGGUAAUUUUAAAAAACCAAAACAAAGUAAAAGUACCUCAAGCAAGGGAGCAAAAGAUAAACAUGCCAGUAUAAGUAGUUCACAAUCAGAAUUGGACGAUCUCCAAUUAUGCACGCCUAAAUGGAUUACUGAUAAUUUUGAUGAUCUUUCAGUGGAACGAAAUGUGGCUUCGGUAAAAAAACGUAUGUUAUUUGGGUCUGAUUCAGAGGAAGAAUCUGUUGAGUUAAACAAAUUAACAACUAAAAAAGAUUCUAAAGAUUUCGAUAGACUGCUAUCCAAUAUUAAAGAAACAAAAGCUCCAGUGAAAUUUAUUAAAUCGAAGACUUCGUUGGAUAAGCAAGAAGACACUACUGAAGUGUGUACAGCACACAACCUAAAGGCAACAAAUAGCGGUCGAAAUAUUAUCAAGGUAAUUGAAACCGUCCCACCCAUAAAAAAAGAAGAGAAUACUCCGAAAAAAGCUAUUCAACCCGAAAAAGAAGGAAGUGGUACAUCAAAGAACAAUUUACCAGAACCAAAAAAAACAGUCCUUGAAAUAGACGUUGAGUCAAGAGCCCGCGAUAAAAUUGGAAAAGAUAGUGAGCAUAAAGGCACAAAAAGGCCAAAGGUAGGUUCACUUAAGGAUGCAGAAACAUCCGGAACAGAUGUACCUCCCAAAAGGAAGACCCGCUUACGAUCAAGAGCUAGUGACCUGGAGGUUGAUAAGGCAAGUAACUCGUCAGGACCUACCCAAGCAAAACUGCAGAAAGUUGAGCAAACUGAUGCACCAGAAAACAAUAAAAAGCGUGUUACUCGGUCUCGCUCUAAAACAGAAUCUCAAGAAAGCAUUGUUUCAACGAAGUCAACAGGGUCUUCCCGGGACACAAGAAAACGGAAGAAUUCGCGGAAUGAGCACACAGAGUCAAAAAUUAAUUCUUCCGCCGAUAAAAAUAUUACUGAAGCUUCAAAACGUACUAAAGCAAAUGAGAGAAAAGAGACGCGCUCUACAACAUCUGCUUCAGAUCAUAGUCACAAACGUAACACGAUUGUGUCAUCAGAUGAUGAACCCAAAAACUCAAAGCGUACCGCUCGAACCUUACAAGUCGCUAUGACCAUGGUUGAACCGAAAUUAUUUCAAAGUUUAGUGGACAAUUCGCCAGGUCAGUAAUUUUCGGAACCUCUGCUGUUUUUCGUUU